CAGCGCGUCGCACGCGACAGCACGCGCCGCGAGCAGUCGGGCUUCGCCGUCGAGUCGGUGCGGAAAAUCUCCAGCGAGCGGACCGAGCGAGUGAACGAUCGAGCGAGGGCGAGUAGCAACGCGCGCGCGGCGCCUUCCGUUUCCACCGAAAACCGGUUAAGGGCGGUCACCCUCGAGAGCGACGAAGGGAGGCCUCAGCCGGUCUCGUCGAUGCCGGGCCGCGAUCGUUAUCGCGAUCGGACCGAGCGAGAUUCCGCCGCUGAAAGUGCAGUGCAUACCCUUUUUGCGGAGGCGCGAGGAUGAAGACGGCGACGUCGACGGGGAUGCCGGGACUCAGCGUCGAGCGAUCGGCGGCCGAUGGCGAAGCGGAAUGAGCCUGUCGAGGUGCGCGAGUAAUCGCUUUGUCCUCGAUCAACGAAUCGCCUGAUCGAUCACGAGAUCAGUGAAAUUUUCAGACGCCGGGGGAUGAUUGGAACUUCCGGGAAGAAUCUCGGAGCGGAUUUCGAAACGGGAUCGGCGAGCCGAUUCGACGACUGAUCGAGAGGGAGAGAGCGAGAAAUCGGUGAGCCAUCAAUUUCGCCUGUUAAAAGGCGAAGCGAUUAACGCCGUUUCGAGAAGCCGAGGCGAUUGAUAUCCCCCGAGUGCCCCCCGAAUCGAAACGGGGGCACGGAAUUGGCCGGGAGCGCAGAGUGGGACACGCAGAGGCGAGAACGCGACGAUCGUGUGUAUGCGCGUGUGUGUAUGUGUGCGCGCGCGAGAUCAUCCGCGGUGAAAUUUCCGCGGCGUCGAAGAGCGAAGUGCCGAGGCGGAAGGCGGAAGUCUGUGCCGCGCCGGCGAAAAAAUUCCGCGUCGAUUCGCGCGGACGAGAAUCCAGAAAGGCUUCCGCCCGCACUUCCGGCCGGUUCGAGAUCGCGUGCCUCUCGCCUCGCCUCGAGAUAUACCCCGUGUACUCGGAAAGUCCUCGAAAUAAAAGCCGCGAUGAUUGAUCACGGCGGAAAUUGAGUAGCAGUCCGCAGCGUCGACAACAUCGGCAACAGCGGCGAGGACGACGACGGACAGAAGAAUCGUGCAUCGUUCGCGUUGCAGCGCAGGUUUGAACGAUCUGUCAUCGCCAUUGUCGAAUCGCCUAACGGCAACCCUAAGCCCUAAAACCACCCUCUCGCGGCACGAGCGGGGAUACCCCGGAGGGACGAUAAUCCCCGCGGUGAGGAAGGCGGUGCUUCGUCAGGAACGACGCGUUGCGCCAUUUCAGGUGCGAGCACGACACGGCGCUCGGCCGUGCGCUUCGGUGCCUCCUCGGGGUUGGUUCGCGCGCGCGGCCCGGCACCCGGAGCGGAAAGGCACCCUGAAAGGCGCCGUUGAUUAAUGAACGCGGGUAAUUAAGAAACAUCGUGAGAGGGAACGAGGGAAGGUCGACCAAGGAGGACCCUUCGGGAUCCUCGCGCUAUUCGGCGAGCGUGUCGCUCUCCCCGUCGUCUCUCCCCUCGCCCCUCGAGAGCAUCCACGCCGGAGGACAUCGCCGCGGGGUUGGCAGUGGGAGGAGGCCGUCUACCCUCGAGGUAAGAGAGAGAGAGAAGCAAUAAGACAGAAAGGGAACGAGCGAGGGAAAGAGGGAAAGAGCAAAAGAGAGAGGGUGAGACAGUGGCUAGAGAGAGUGGGAGGCCUUUAGGGGUGGAAAAUCGUUGGAGAAUACCGUCGCGGUGAAAUCACUCCUCUCGAACGCUCGCGAGACGGUCAGACCACGAAGCAUCCCCCGCCGGGCCGUCUUGCUCCCUUGCCUGCCUGUCUGCCUCUCUCCCCGUCCCCCCUCCUCUUCCCCCGCCGCCCUCUCCGCCGGCGGGAUGGAAGUGGAGGAAGUGGCUGUCUGAUCUCGGACGGAAUGACAAUAAGACUCCCCUUUGAUUAAUCGACGGAACGGAAAGCGAGAGGAGCAGAGAGGAAAGACAAAGAGGAGCGGAGGGUGAAUUAACCAACCCUCCCAUCACGCUCUCGAGGAUUGUUUCGUCGCGAGUGGCUCCUCGCGAGUGCCGGCUGCUAAGUGCGGCUGAUCGAGCGGAACGUCGCGAGCUCCAUUUAGCAGACGGAACCGGAAAUCGUGCGAUCGUCCGCGCGCGAUUGAAACGUCGCGCUUCCGCCGUUCGCCGAGGGUGAAUGGGGCUGUCAAAGUGAACCGGCGACGAAAGGAUUUACCCGGCGCGCGAUCGACCUGUGCUCGGUGGCGGUUUUUCGGCCGAAAGAGGGACAAGGAAGAACGUCGCAUCGAGAGGGACAAUUAAUCACGUGGCUCAAUCACUCGAUCUCUUGCUCAACGAUCGUGCUGAACGAUCUGAGAGGAGUAAAGUCGCUAAAGAACAUCCGUUCGGCGUCAAGAGGACUUCCUGAAGAACACGCACGCACACGGGGCUGGCAGUUGAGCGCAAAAGGAGUGCGCGCGCGACAAUAACGCGAACGAAUUCGAGAGGAGAGACGACGGCUUAAGUAGAGUGGAUCGAAAUUAGAAUCGUGUGCAGCCGGUGGAAGAGGAGGGUUGAUGCUUGAUCAGAAACUCAGCCGAAACUCGAGCCGCGCCGAGCGAAGAGAGACCCUUCUAUUCAAGAAGAGACAUUCUCGCGGUGAUCUCGUCUCUCUAUAAAUUUAAAUCGCGGAGGAGUCGCGAUCGACGAGCGCCGCCGUCUCCGUCUCUGUCCAUGGUGCGACAGUAAUUUUAACAGCGAGAAUCGGUAUCUCGCGACGAGACUACUGCGGGGGUUAUUAUCGAAGCGCCGGUUAUUUCCUAUGCAGCGAGUCCGUUUCCGGACGUUCGUUUUGAUUUGAGCGAAGUAUCGAGUGACACUCGAUGAAUCCCGCGAUGAAUCGUGCGACUUUUCGGAAGAAGAUUCGUCGUGAUUGACGUGAUUGACUGAGCGAUAGCUGCGGUGGAGGCUUCGAGAGAGAGAGAGAGAGAGAAAUUGCACGGUCGGCGAAGGCGACAAAGUGGCAGGAAGACGCAAGAGCGAUAAUUUAACGGCAGCGACAGAGAAAACGAGAGAGACAGGAACGAUGUAAGAGGUGAGAGAGGCAGAUUACGUGAAAUAAGGGUGCAACACACACACUCACACAUACGUACACACAUAUACAAGCAAUCGGACGCGGCAGCGUGACUGAGGACAAUAAUACUAAGCGAGGGUAAUCGAAGGCAACCACGUGAAAACGAUCGAAUGGCCGCUGUUGAACUUGAUACCGCAACAUAAUCGAAAACGACGAUAUAUUUUAGCGGUGAAUCGAUCGGAAGGGGGACAGACACAGCGGCGGCAAUAGUCGCGAAAACGUUCGGUUCGCGCGAAAGGCUGGUCAUCAUCGUUGCUCCAACAAAAGGCGGUCGAUCCUCUCUUUCUUGAAUUCCGUAAUCACUGCUUGAUUAAUCGACGUGCGUAUAAUCCAUAAUAUAAACCAGUAGGAUAUAAUAAUUUUAAUAAUAACGCGGAAUACUCAUUUUAAUUCAAUUUGAUCUCGAAAAACGUCUCUCGUUUGAAGCGAGGCAAGAACAAACAAAUUAAGGGCGCGCUGGAGGAGGCGAGGGCCCAGUGCUCGACCAAGUGCUUCAACGUAUCUCGAAGAAAGGCCGGAAGGGUCUGUGAAGGACCCGCACUCGAGUAGGUGAGAAGAAAAGGCGCGCGUCCACCACGUCCACGUUCGACACACGCAUCGUCGCUGCCGAGGAGCUGCGGAAAGGCUACCGAAGGGCUACCGGAGGACUCUCGGCCACCGUCAACCCCCGGACGGCGUGGAAUGACAAUAAGCGGGCGCCGCAGCGACGGGGUGGUAUUAUGCGUGGGACGACGGAUUUGAGCGUGCCGCCCAAGUGUCCGGCGAGGGUGUCGCAUCCCCCUCCGCGUGGGAUGGCACUCGGCACGCUGGCCGAGGUGGCGGUCAGGCUCGUGAUUAGCGGCUACAUAUUCGCCGUGGUCGUCUACGUGAACGCCAGCGGCAACUGGGAUAAGGACGAUGACCUAGUGUCCACGUCCAACGUGAGCGCCGUGCUUGGCCGUACCGCCACUUUGCCUUGCGACAUUGAGCCGUCCACGCGAGAGGAUCGCGUCUACAUGGUGCUUUGGUUCCGCGAUUACGCGGUGAAGCCCAUUUAUAGUUUCGACGUGCGGGGGCGGGCUUUCAACAAGGCCCUAAACUGGUCGGACAGCACCGCGGUCGGACCUAGGGCCUACUUUGUCACCAUGACAAAGCCUGCAACCCUGUCCCUGGAGUCGGUGCAGCUGGACGACGAAGGGGUUUAUCGGUGCCGCGUGGACUUCAAGAACUCGCCGACGAAGAACUUCCAAGUGAAUCUCACGGUGAUCGUGCCUCCACAUCAGCUACUCAUUUACGACAGUUCCGGGGUGCAGGUGAAGAACAUUGCCGGGCCAUUCCAGGUCGGCGUGGAGUUUGGCCUGUCCUGUGAAGUGAGAGGAGGGAAACCCACCCCGGCGGUGAGCUGGCUGGUGAACGGCAAGGAGGUGGACGGCAGACUCAUGGAAAACGUCGAGCAGAACGUCGUGGUGAGCAAGCUGACGGUGCCGCAGCUGCGACGGGAACAUCGCAACGCGACGUACAAGUGCCGGGCAGCCAACACGCAUCUCAUCCCACCCCUGGAGAAGACGGUGAUCCUCGACGUUUACCUGAAGCCGCUCACCGUGAAGAUCCUGUCGAAGCUGACGAUCAUGGAGACGGAGAAGGACUACUCCAUCACGUGCGAGACGACCGGCUCGCACCCCCGUGCCCGCAUCACCUGGAUCGAGAGCAACGAGACGUUUCGCAACGGCAAGGUGAUGGAGAGCGGCAACGCCUCGGUGGUCCUGAGCACGCUGAUCUUCUCGCCCGUCCCGGACGAUCACGGGAGGAUCCUCAAGUGCCGCGGCGAGAACCCGGCUCUGACGGACGCGUACCUGGAGGACUUCUUCAAGUUGAACGUCGUCUUUCCACCCAAGGUACAGCUGCACCUGGGCAGCACUUUGAAAGCGGAGAACAUAAAGGAGGGCGACGACGUGUACUUUGAAUGCAAGGUCCGAGCCAAUCCGGAGCACCACAAAAUCACUUGGCGUCACAACGGCGCCGUGCUGACGCAGAACUAUUCGGCCGGCAUCAUCAUGAGCACUCAGAGCCUGGUGCUGCAGAGAAUAGGUCGCGACAACGCGGGGAAUUACACGUGCCUCGCCAGCAACGAUCGCGGGGAGACGACGAGCCCGAUAGUCAACCUGAGGGUGCAAUUCGCGCCGGUCUGCAAAGCGAAGGAGGUGACGGUGAUCGGCGCCUCCCUGGAGGAGUCGGUGAAGGUGCGCUGCGAGGUGGACGCCGAUCCCGGCGAGGUGGACUUCGUCUGGGAGUUCAACAACAGCGGCGAGAACUUCGAGGUCGCGCCGACCAAGUUCGACGGCGACAACGGCACCAUGAGCGAGCUCGUAUACACCCCCGAGUCCGAGAGGGACUACGGCGCCCUCACCUGCUGGGGCAGGAACGCGAUCGGCAAGCAGGAGGUGCCCUGCAUCUACCAGGUCAUCCCCGCAGUUAAGCCGAAUCCGCUGAACAACUGCACGAUCAAGGCGUCGUUCAAUCAGAGCUCGGAGAUCCUGGAGGUCGAGUGCGUGCCGGGAUACGACGGCGGGCUGCACCAGGAGUUCCGGCUGGAGGCGUACGAGGUGCUGACCGGCAAUCUCCGCGUGAACGCGUCCAGCGUGUCGGCCGACCUGCCGAUCUUCCGGAUCGCCGUGGCCGAUCUCCUGCCGGCCACGCACUUCUACCUGGUGACCUACGCCGUGAACGCCAAGGGCCGCAGCGAAGUGUCGCUCCUGGAGGACAUCAUGCUGCGGGACUCCGAGAGGCACACCGAUACCGGGGUCAGCAUGCUGCCAUUGAUCCUGCUGCUGAUCGGCUGCCUGAUGGCCUUCGGCGUGACGGUGCUCUCGGUGAUGCUGAUGAUGUAUCGGCGCCGCGGCACCACGUCGCCCGUGCACAUCGAGCCGUACAUGAAGCAGCCGAUAAUCACGCCACCGGACUCCAGGAACAACUCGAUGCUGGACGUGACCCACGGCGACCACACGUACUUCGUCGAGUACACGCUGAAGCAGGUCACCGACUACGCGCUCAACAAUCAGCCGGACAUCAUACAGUCGCCGCAAGAUCAGGACAAGAUUAAACGCGAGCCCCAAUUGUUUCUGCCGGUGAGACCGGACACGUUGUUCGCGCCAUACGACAUCCACAAGCAGGGACUGCAGUCCAACAGAUGCAGCCUGAACCCGUUCUCCGCGAAAUCCUGGGAGCCCAUCAGCUUCAAGGCCGAUCGCAAUCUGAUGAAGGAGAUCAUCAUCGCCAAUUCCAUACCCGGCCCGGAGAGCUGCGUGUAAACUGGAUCGCGGGAGUGAAUCGAGAUGCAAACACACCCCCGUACGGGGACAGAAACGGAUAUCACACUCACAUACACGUACACGUACACACAUGCAGACAUGACAUAUCACAGGACGAUCGAUUUUGGAAGCCUGAAAAUUGUAUCGCGCGCGUCGCUCGAUGCCACGACGGGCGGACACGCGCGCAAUCAACGCAGAAUCAACGAAUCACUCGUGUCUCGCUUGUUCCAACGUGCGAAUGCAACGGUGUGACAUAUCACGAUGACGAUAUCGUAGCAGACAUAUCAACAUAUCGUAGCAUAUCGCGGCGCGCAUAUCCCGGUGUCUCUCCCUUACCGGGAUCAUCGAGAGCCGCAUUCGGAUGGAUCCCGGGACGAUUUAUAAGCGCCCCAAGCGCGCACAAGCCCGCACGAAGGAGUCACGAAAAUCGUCGAGGGAUGAUUUUCUAGUCGCAUAACUUAACCGAACGCUACACGUGGUGUACUAUUCCAAGUUUAAUAUAUUUUGUGUCAAAGUCUU